AGCUCGCUUGGCUCUCGCGAAGCACCGCCGUCCGUCGAGAACGCCGGUUUUUUUGAGCCAUGGCCAUGCGCGCGCUCUUCUUCUUGGCCUCCGCUGCCACCGCCAUGGCCUUUGUGCCUCCGGCAGCUCAGCCACAGACCUAUGCGCACGAGGCCUCUGCUCCAGCGUUGGCCAAGCCUGUCGAGGCACUGCAUGAGUGCCAUGCGUUCUCCCUGGCCCUUGGCGCCAGCGUGGGCUAUGCGGCAGCAGCGGUGGGCGCCGUGGCGCGCCAGGGCCGUGUGGCCCGAAAAGCAGAGAAGGCUGCAGUGGCCAGGACUCCGGUGGCCUAUCCCAUUUUCACCUUCCGUUGGUUGGCCGUGCACGCCCUGGUGAUUCCCACCGUCUUCUUCCUUGGUGCGAUCAGCUCCAUGCAGUUCAUCCAGCGCUGAGUACAUCAACAACACGGCAGACAUCGACCUGUCGACCGUCGCGGGAGGAACACCGUUGACUCGGGUCGCGUUGACUCGGGUCAGCGCGGUCCACGCGCACGGUGACGGGGAAAAAGACAUGCAGCGACAUGUUGCAGGCGUCCAAACGAUUUCGACUGUCAGACCCGUGUCGCUGCACUGAUUUUCUGGCAGACCAGCUGAAAAUCCAGCGGUCGCAGCCGGGCCUAAACCAGGGAAUUUUUGCGAGAAAAGUGAUGUCUGCCGCAUGGAUAUUUGGCACCUGCUAGCUUACCCUGACCUGACUGCACCGCGAUGUCUGCUCGGGGCAAUCGUGGGAUGGUGGUCAACCCUUUAGUGUGACGGCCAGAAGGUCGACGAUCGCCCACAGGACCUGUAGUCCUGUCACAGGAAACUCGACGUAUGACAGGACCA